CGGCUUUCUUGGAUUGUAUUCAUUCGCUCAAAAAUCAUCGAAUUCUUCCAAUUCCUCUUACAUGGGUUUCUCCAAAUAUCCCUUCUCUCCAAUGGGGUCCCUGUAGAUUCUCAAUUUUGAGUUCGACAAUCAUCUUGCCUUCAACAAUGGCGGUCAACAAAAUUGCUUCUUCAUUGUCUUGCGUCUCCACGUCUUUCACUUCUCAUUUCCAGUCCACAACAACUCCUCAGGUUAGGUUACCACCAAGAUUACAUGAUUGCAGGCGACUUAAGAUCGGAGUUGAUACACGAUGUUCCCUUCAUGGAAGGUUGAACACGAACCAAAGGUUCCCAAAGAGACGAUUUAUACUCUUUGCCUCUGUCGAUGAUCUGAUCUCCGGCAGUGAGAUGGAACUGGAUGAGGGCACAGAUCAAGAAGACGAUGAUUUCGAGAUCGAAGAUGAAAAAUCGAAAAGAUUUGAAACCGUUGAAAGUAGUGGAGGAAGUGCAGGAAAGCCAGGUCUUAUCUCGUUUUAUAACCAUCCUUACGAAAAAGAACCCGAAGUUGUUGCAUCAACGAUCUCCACCACAGACCAAACCAAUCUGUUGUGGUUCGUUGGUCCUGCCGUUCUUGUAGCCUCCUUCAUUUUCCCGCCACUUUAUAUGCGCAAGAUCCUUUCGACUAUUUUUGAGGAUUCUUUAUUAACAGAUUUCCUUAUAUUAUUCUUCACGGAAGCUCUCUUCUACUGUGGGGUAGCUGUUUUCCUUUCGAUAGUAGACCAUUUGCGUAGGCCUAACGAGCCGGUUAAUGCCAAAAACCGCACUAUCCCAUCUCCUCAGUUGGUUUACCGAAUCACUUCCGUGGCUGCAUUGGUACUCAGUCUGGUGAUACCGAUGGUCACCAUGGGGUUGGUUUGGCCUUGGACCGGCCCUGCAGCUUCCGCAACACUGGCUCCAUAUCUUGUUGGCAUCGUUGUGCAGUUUGCAUUUGAGCAGUAUUCAAGAUACGUCAAGUCACCUUCAUGGCCCGUCAUUCCCGUCAUCUUUCAAGUGUAUCGAUUGCACCAACUGAAUCGAGCAGCUCAACUUGUGACGGCACUCUCGUUUACGGUUAGAGGGGCCGAGUCAUCACCACAAAACUUGGCUAUAAACAGUUCCUUGGAUAUGCUCUUGAAUGUUCUUCAGUCCCUUGGGGUCAUUUGCAUCUGGUCUCUUUCGAGCUUUCUUAUGCGCUUUUUACCAUCUGCAACCAUAACCGAACAAUAAAACCGAGAUAGACUUUGUUCCCAAAAUUAACAUCAAAGAUGGUAACAAUUGGUUUGCAUGCCGUGGUGAACGGAACGUCUGACGCGAAGCAUUCAUGCAACAUUUCUCCAAGAAAAAUCGGUUUAAAUCGGUUUGUAGUAUGCAAUCUUUGCAUCAAUGGCCAUCUGAUGUAAAUAUGAAAGAAGCAGGCAUUUUGCUGAAUAGUUGCUUUCAUGAAUCACAGAAGGUGGAAUCUUGUUCAAAUUUAUGUUUUCCUUCGAUUGGUGAUUGCUUUUUG